GGAAAGAAGACUGAAGGUUUGUCACUGAGAUAAGUAUGAAGGGGCUGCAUAAACUCCCAGCAUCUGCCCUGGCCCUGUUCCUGGCAGCGUCCUUCGUCGCCUUCUCCUGGAGUGCCCCUAAGGCUUAUUUCCAAAGGAGAAACUGGACUCCUCAGGCCAUGCUCUAUUUGAAGGGUGCACAGGGACGUCGCUUCAUCGCAGACGAGAGCCAGAGGACGGACCUGUAUGACAGAGUGCAGCUUGAAACACGCAGCCAUAACACAAGUCCUUUAACCCUUUCUGAAGCUGCUGCAGUGUUCCUUACUUCCUUACAGAAAGCACAAGAAGUGGAAGAAGAAAACAGUGAACACCCUGGCUACUUGACAGACAGUCUAUUAAAUUGGUGAAAUUCUUUAAAAUGUCUUUA